CUAAACUGUGUUGAACUUGUACACGAUCAGCGUUGAGCUAGUCACAAUGGCGUCGUCAACAACGUUUUGCAAGACUACCACUCACGUAAACUACACCCUCCUGCACAAACAACCGACGCGCAAUGCUGAUCAGAUUCUCACGAGCAACUUCUUAACACCGUUGUCUUCACAGAAAGCUGCCGGUUCGAACAGGCGCUUGCACCACAUGCAAGAACAGCAAUGUCCCUGCCAAUGCCGAGUUCGGCCUCCCUCAAAUUCCCUUAUCCAAACCUCCUCUGUUGAGCAACACCAAUCAGAGCCCAGCGCCUCCGUUCAAGACACCAGCAGUGAAAGCAGCCGGUCGAGUCGGCGACAGAUCCUUCGCAAUGUGGGGGCUGCGUUGACUGCCCUUACACUCAGCGCUGCGGCCCCCGGGGUUUUGUGGGCAGAGCCCAACCACAAUGUGAGGCUUGCAGAUGUUGAGAACACGGAGCUGCGCCAGGCGCUUGAAGCUGCGGUUGCGGGGGACUUUGCACGUGCCGAAGACAUGUUCAGCGACAUUCUGAAGGAGGUUCCUGACUCCGCUUCCGUUUGGAGCAACCGGGGCAGUGUGCGGCUCUCCCUAGGAAAGUUCGAAGCUGCGGCGGCGGACUUUUCAAGAGCAAUCGAACUGGCGCCGACGGCAUCAGUGCCAUAUUUGAACAGAGCGAUCGCAUAUGAGGCUCUCGCCCGAUAUCCAGAAGCAAUUAACGACUGUGACGCUGCUAUUAAGAAUGACCCUCGAGAGUAUGCGGCCUGGUUCAACAAGGGGAACGUUGAGACGCGAGUUGCAAACUACAGCGGCGCUCUUUCCGAUUAUCAAAGAGCGGCUGACCUAGCCCCCGGGAUUGCGGGGUACCGGCUACGAGCAGCCACCGUUCUUUUCCAGCUGAAGCGGCCCGACGAGGCGGCGCAGCAGAUCAGCAGCAUCGUGCGCAAGUACCCCAACUACGCCGAGGCGCACGCGGCGCUUGCGGCCAUUCUGUGGAGCCAGGGGAAGCGUGCGCGUGCGGAGGGGGAGCUCAACGCGGCGACCACGCAGGAGCCCCGACUUGGGACCAUGAAGUUUGCUAGGGCUGCCCUGCAAUGGCCCCCCAGUCUACUUGAGGCAAUGGAGAGGCUCAUCACCCUACAGCAAUAGCCGCCCAAUUACACGGCGCCACGUGUAUCCGGUCCACUCCCUACGGAGGCCUAAAGGCUGUACGGUCUUGGCUCGAGUCCGCUUCUCCAUUGUCGCUCCCGCACGGUGUGAAGGGGCACCGAGCUCCAAUGAAUGACUGCCAGCUGGAGUCUUCCGAGCCACGAAACCUGUGGCUUCGUCUGCAGAAAGCCCACAUGGUUGGGUUGUGAAUUUUGCCAAAGUAGACGGCUGAUGGCGAUAUCCUCUGUUAGUCACAUGCGGGAAAGUUUGACGUCGAGGCAGGUCCGUGUUGUGAUCUGGAAAGGCAAGAAGUGCGAGUUGAUGCAGCUAGGAGCUCUUAUCCCAUGUGGUCAUGUGGUCCAAGAAGACGGAAGGAUUUGGUGACUUUUUAUGCGCUGAAAUCACAGAAGCAAUCCUACGCGAGAACUGACGGCGUCUCAUUUUUGUGUGUUGAGGUUACGCAGAGCUACCGCACCGUAGACUCGAAUGGAGGAGAGAAUCGUACUUAGGGUAUCUGUAUCCGUGCUGACAGCAUGUACAGGCGCUUGUAAUGAAACCGAUCAGUCUCAAUAAGUCCGGUGCGUUACAUGAUGCAUUAUGUGCUUAGUGGGCGA